CGUGCUGGCUGUUGGACCCUGGCAGUGAGGAGAGGACUCUACCCAACAUGGUGACGGUCUACUGUCCUGAAGAGUUGUCUCUGCUGGGCGGACUUGGAAACCCGCAUGCACACGAUCCUCGUGUUAGGGCAGCAACCAAGAGCGUGCUCGUACACGCUGUCAUGAACCAUCUGACCGGCCUGCUAGAGAAAGACGGCAUGCUUGACUUAUUCAGAAGCAUUGAGAUGCCCUCGCAGGUUUCUUUGGCUCUGUUGGAGCUGAAUGGAGUGGGCUUCAGUGUUGAAGAGUGUGAAAGACAAAAGCAUGUGAUGCAAGCCAAACUCUCAGCGCUGGAGUCCCAGGCCUACAACCUGGCCGGACACAGCUUCUCCCUCACCAGCAUCGACGACAUAGCACAGGUGUUGUUUUUAGAGCUGCACCUGCCUCCAAACGGUGACGUAGGUGGAUCCAAAAGUAGGAAGACUCUUGGCUACACCAGGCGAGGCGGCAGCAGAGUACGACUUGGAAAACAGUUUAGCACCACCAAGGAUGUUCUGGAGAAGCUCCGCCCUCUGCACCCGUUGCCAGGUGUGAUCCUGGAGUGGAGGCGGAUCACUAACGCCCUGACCAAGGUGGUGUUCCCCCUGCAGCGGGAGAAGCAGUACCACAACACACUGGCCAUGGACAGAAUAUAUCCCAUCGCCCAGACACACACAGCAACAGGUAGAGUGAGCUUCACUGAGCCCAACAUACAGAAUGUCCCCAAAGACUUUGAGAUUUCCAUGCCCACGGUGGUGGGGGAGAGCCCACCUUCACAAGACGGCAAAAAAGGAAAGAAAAGACGCUCUGUGGUGACCUCAGAACAAGGCCCGGCCUUCUGUGUCAGCAUGAGGCAUGCCUUCGUUCCCUUUUCAGGUGGGAUGAUAUUGGCAGCUGAUUAUUCUCAGCUGGAGUUGAGAGUGUUGGCUCACCUCUCUAAGGAUCAACGCCUACUGCAAGUGCUGAAUGGAGGAGCAGACGUGUUUCGCUGCAUCGCUGCUGAGUGGAAAAGCAUUGACCCCGAGUCUGUAAACGACAACCUCCGACAGCAGGCCAAACAGAUUUGCUAUGGCAUUAUCUAUGGGAUGGGAGCGAAGUCUUUGGGGGAGCAAAUGGGAGUGGAGGAGAACGACGCGGCCUGCUACAUCGAGAGUUUUAAGGCUCGAUACAAAGGGAUCAAUGCUUUUCUGAGAGAAACUGUGAAGAACUGUAUAAAAAACGGCUAUGUUCAGACACUGAUGGGCCGCAGGAGGUACCUACCUGAGAUCACUAACACCAAUACGCACGUCAAAGGGCAUGCAGAGCGUCAGGCAGUAAACACAACUGUGCAGGGUUCAGCAGCAGACAUUGUGAAACUUGCCACCGUGAACAUCCAGAAACGACUACAAAAAACAUAUCCUGCAGCUCCCCUCUCUCACCAGCACACACAUUCAGCCAGCAGUAACCGCAGGGUGCGAACAUCUCCACUCAGAGGAGCCUACUUUGUACUGCAGCUGCAUGAUGAGCUCAUCUAUGAAACCACAGAGGAAGACCUCAUACAGGUUGCUCAUAUAGUGAAGAGGGAGAUGGAGUCAGCAGUAAAACUGUACGUAAAGAUGAAGGCCAAAGUCAAGGUGGGACCCAGCUGGGGCAACUUGCAGGACCUAGAUAUAUAAUGGAAAUGUGUUUAUGUUCGACUAACAUGAAAUACAUUUUCUGUAAGGUUCUGUAAUAUAUGUUGGAGCUAUCAUUUGUACAGAAAUCUGUAUUUUUAAACCCUAAAUGAACACAAAUGAAAUGCAAGAUGAAAACAUGCUUAUGAUGGCAUAUGAGCUCUAAAUGAACUAUUGAAUGUAUUUAUGCUCUAUCCAACAGUGUACAGUUAUCAAUUAUAUUUCUAGUAUAGAAUUGUAUUUACUGAUAUCCCAACACGAGAUGAUAUGCAAGAUAUGAGAUGUUUGGGUUAAUUUCUCUACUUUGAAAACAUGUGGCUGCAACAACACUUAUUUUCAUGAAUGAAUAAUGUGCUGGUGUUUUUUUUUGUGAAUGGUUCACUUUAUAAAAUGUCAAUUUUUAACAAAGGAACAUAACACCUUCCCAGAGCGGUUAAGGUGAGGUGUAUAAAUGUAUUGUUAUUUUCCACAAAUAGCCUUCAUCUAAUAUACAAUAUAUAUUCUGUGUGAAGCUGGAGAAUGUUUUGCCUUUUGUUCACUACUAGGAAACAGAUGAUUGAAAUUUUAUAAAAGAAAAUCAGCAAAAUAGUUGAAGGUUUUUUUUCUGUGAAAAAAGUAGUAGUUGUAUAUCUACUGUUAUUAUGUAAAACAAAGACACAGAGCAGCUUUAGUCUUGUG